AUGAGAGGGAAUGUGGUGCUUGUCAGCUUACUGCUUCAUUCUUAUUUAGAAAUUUUGAUGAGUAAGGUAGAUGUAAAGAAGAGAGGGAAUGUGGUGCUUAUCAGCUUACUGCUUCAUUCUUAUAUAGAAAUUAUGAUGAGUGAGGUAGAUGUAAUGAUGAGAGGGAAUGUGGCGCUUAUCAGCUUACUGCUUCAGUCUUAUACAGAAAUUAUGAUGAGUAAGGUAGAUGUAAAGACGACAGGGAAUGUGACGUGCGAGAAGAGGCGGCUGACUCGGCAAGCCCUUUUGGACUUUGAAAACUAUAGUUGUUUCCAGGCUCUUUACAGCGAAGAUUGCGCACUAGGGGACCCCAUUGGCUAUGUUUUCUGUGCUUUUGAGAUCGGUCAGACUCCACUUAAGGCUCUCUGUCUCUCUCAUUUCGUCUCGCUGGUGGUCGGAUUCCAUCAGAAAUUAGGGAAAAUGAAUUUCAAGAACGUGAAGAUUCCAAAUGUUCCGGGUGGUGGUGCGGCUUCUGCUUUGAUCAAGUUUGGAGCAAUUGCUGGGCUUGGCAUAUACGGAGCUGCUAACAGUCUCUACAAUGUUGAAGGAGGAAAUCGAGCUAUUGUCUUCAACCGUAUUAUUGGCGUCAAAGAUAAGGUUUAUCCUGAAGGAACGCACCUGAUAAUCCCAUGGUUUGAAAGACCAAUCAUAUAUGAUGUUCGUGCACGACCCCAUCUGGUGGAGAGCACUUCGGGUAGUCGUGAUCUCCAGAUGGUAAAAAUUGGUCUUCGAGUUCUGACUCGUCCUGUACCAGACCAAUUACCUACAAUUUAUUGGACUCUUGGUGAGAACUAUAACGAAAGAGUACUGCCUUCAAUUAUUCACGAGACUUUGAAAGCUGUGGUUGCACAGUACAAUGCAAGCCAGCUCAUUACUCAGAGAGAGAAUCCACCUGCUGAGAGGGCCAAGUUUGUUGUGGAAAAGGCUGAGCAAGACAAGCGAAGCGCUGUAAUCAGGGCACAGGGUGAGGCUAAGAGUGCCCCAGCUGAUCGGCCAAGCUAUUGCCAACAACCCAGCAUUUAUCACGCUCAGGAAAAUUGA